GCGCAAACACACCAAGAACAUGACGCUUCAAGCUAAAAUCGGGCCCUCUAUAUUGAACGCAGAUUUGGCUAAUUUAACUGCCGAAUCACAAAAGCUGCUGGACAAUGGCGCAGACUAUCUGCAUCUGGAUGUUAUGGAUGGCAGCUUUGUGCCGAAUCUAACAUUCGGACAUCCCAUGGUUAAGUGCUUGCGCAACAAUAUCAAGUCUGCCUUCUUUGAGACGCACAUGAUGGUGAGCAAUCCAGAGCAGUGGAUUGCGCCCAUGGCCGAUGCGGGCGUUAACCUUUACACCUUUCACAUUGAGCCUGUCAAGGACGUAUGCAAGGUCAGCCGGCAAGUGCAGGAGGCGGGCAUGAAAGUGGGCUUGGCUAUUAAGCCCAAUACCAGCGUAGAGGCUCUGCAGCAGUAUAUGGAUAUAGCCGAUCUAGUGCUGGUCAUGACUGUGGAGCCUGGCUUUGGUGGACAAUCAUUUAUGGAGAAUAUGAUGCAGAAGGUGCAGUGGCUGCGCUCACACUAUCCCAAUAUUGAUAUCGAAGUCGAUGGUGGCGUCGGACCCAAAACAAUUGAGUGCUGUGCCAAGUCUGGCGCCAACUGGAUUGUCUCGGGCACCGCUGUGGUGGGAGCAACAGAUCAGCGCAAGGUUAUUACUGAGAUGCGCGAGGUGGUGCAGAGUUAUCUCAAAUAGCCGCUGUUAUAUACAAUUUUUGAUACCAUUAAAAAA